CCUCUAUCUCUUACUUCCCCUCCUACCAAUAACCUCUCUCCUACUCUUCUUGACUCUAAUGCAUAACACUGUGCCAGUUACACAGUAAGACUUUGACGGCACUUGAGAAGCCUUUGAUCUGACAUUGAAAUUUUGAGACUGUAUCUCCGCAUACAAGGUGAUUUUUUCUUUUCGUCUUCUUUUUGUUUUUAAUUAUUCUUUGCUCUCCCCCAUGUCAGAAACUACACCAGAAGCAUCAGAUCCUUCAACACAAAUAACAAGCGAAACCAACAGUUCCAACACAACACCCAAACCAGAAAAAUCUAAUCUGGACUUGGAACAAGCAGCCAUGGUUCAAAAGUUUUUAGCUGCGCCAGUGAAUUGUAAAUUGUUUGUAGAAAAAAUCACAACUGUCAACGGCAAAGAAGAUUCCGAGUUUCGUCGGGCUGAAGUUCUUUCGUCUCGAGACACGCCAGGCAAUGGAUUAGAAUAUUAUGUACAUUAUGUCGAAUUCAAUAAGCGUCUAGAUGAGUGGGUGCCGAUCAAACGUUUAGAUCUAACAAGACCUAUUGAAUUUCCAGUAAAAAAGAAUCUUAAACUCGAAGGUCAAAAGAAAGGUAGAGGGAGUAAUCAGGGAACGCCACCUCCUGGUGCUUCAGGAAGAAAGAAUAGGAAAAAGUUGGAAGAACAAGUCGAUCAGGUUGUGCUGGGUAAUGAAGAUGAACAUGGCCAGACAGUAGAAAUGGAACUGGAUGAAGAAGAAGAAGAAGAAAAGAAUACAUUCUCAAAAGAAAACGAGAUUGAAAAGUUGCGUACAGGAGGUUCGAUGACACAGAGUGUAGCAGAAAUUGCUCGAGUGAAAAACUUGAACAAGAUACAGAUUGGAAAGCAUGAAGUCGAAACAUGGUAUUUCUCACCUUAUCCUAUUGAAUAUGCUUAUUGCGACACACUCUAUAUUUGUGAAUUCUGUUUAAGUUACUAUGUAUCCCAUAAACAGCUUGUUCGACACAGGGCUCGAUGUCAACUGUAUCAUCCACCAGGCAAUGAAAUCUAUCGAAAUGAUGAAAUCUCGUUCUUUGAAAUUGAUGGACGUAAACAAAAAACAUGGUGUAGAAAUUUGUGUCUACUCUCAAAACUAUUUUUGGAUCACAAGACACUAUAUUAUGACGUUGAUCCCUUCUUAUUUUACUGCAUGACAGAGAGAGACGAGAAAGGGUACCAUCUUAUCGGCUAUUUUUCCAAAGAGAAGGAAUCAUCGGAAAAUUACAAUGUAGCAUGUAUUUUGACAUUACCUCAAUACCAGCGACUUGGUUAUGGUCGACUGCUGAUUGCAUUUUCUUAUGAACUAUCGAAAGCAGAAGGAAGAACAGGUUCACCAGAAAAGCCAUUGUCAGAUUUAGGUUUAUUGUCUUAUCGUGCAUUUUGGACAGAAACGAUUGUUGAAUAUUUACUAAAAGCAGAAGAGGAAGUGACGAUUGAGGAGAUUUCACAAAAGACAUCAAUUACCACACAGGAUAUUCUACAUACUCUACAAAACAUUGGUGCCCUUAAAUAUUACCGUGGACAGCAUAUCAUUUGUCUAGGAGAUAAAGUAGUCGAGCAGUGGAAGCGAAAUGAUGAAAAGAAGAGAAAGAGAAAGCGAGUGAUUGUACCAGAAAAGCUGGAUUGGAAACCCCUUCAUUUUACACCUUCUCAAUUACGGUUCCUAUAAUGUAACAAACAUACCACAGUCAACAGUUAUUUAUUAUGCAUUUUGUUUCUUUUUUAAAAAAAUAAAAAAUAAAAUUAUAAAAAGAGUUACCAACAAAAUUAUCAAACGGGAAGUACCGAUUGAUGUGAUAAAAAG